AUGCUAGUUGUAUGCACUCCCCAAGUUUACCGAUCUUCAUCUCGCUCAGAGGUAUUGAGCAUCAUGAGCAAAUAUGAAGAUAUUGAGAUGCUUCAAAUUCCCGAUGACGACGUCUCCGUGACGUCUGAUUCUGAAAGAAUGGACGACAUUUCGACGACAGCUUCAGUGAGUCCAUCCAAUGACGCUGACGUCUUUUUUAGCUCCACUCAAACCAACGAGCCCAGUCUCCAAGAAUGGUUUUCUGGGGAAAGAGCACUUAUUUUCGAAUACAAUGAGGACAAAUACGAAAGAUCCAUUCCUCCCAAUGACAGUGACGCCAACGCGUAUGUUGACUUCAUCAACCACUCGUAUAAGGUUCUCGAGAAGUUAAGUCAAGAGGACAUGAUACCCGCGCCGGAAUCCAGUACCAAUCAAUCCCGUUUGGGUGUGGUGUCACAGGGAUUUGGCAUCGAUGCUUACCGCCAGAAACAGCAGGGUAAAGUUAGCUUGGCAUUCGGCGAUCUUGUCAGCCACUGCAAGCAAUUGGUUGAACAGACUUCGAAUUCAUCGGUCCUGUCACGGUUCAAUUGCCUUCAAUACAUUUUGGAGUGUCUCCAUGCUAAUAACUUUUACCCGUCGUUGGCAUUGAAACCCGCACUCAUCGGCGAAUGGGUUAAUCAUUUCGAUCCCCAACCGCCAAAUGAACUUGUGCAAGAGAUUAUGGUUGACACGGCCAAACCUUACCUUCAUCAAGACUUCUGGACAAGUUACAUUCCUACCUUAAUUAUUCGUGGCCUUCAUGAUGUUACCACCAAUGUUCUUGAGAGCUCAGGGUUUGAAGAAUUGAAACAAUUAUCCCCCAAACUCUUUGAGGUGAUCGAAGACUUGAUUACAAUAGUUUCAAAUUAUCAACCCCUCUCUUUGAAGGGUCAAUUUGCUGACUGGAAACAAUCUCUGCUAGAAUUCCGCGAUGCAGUAAGCUUGGUUUUGAAUGAGGUCGAUGCCAAAUACAAGGUAAUGUGCACCCAGAUCUACGAUGUUUCUUGCAUUUUAUCAGGGAUGGAGAAGACAACGUCCCAAUUCUGUCAACUGUGGUACGACUUGUUUUUGGCCCUCCUGCUUUACAAAGUUCGUGACGAAAAAGACAUUUACGCGCUGUAUUUCGAGGUCGCCAUUCAUGAGAAACCCGUGGGCAUUGUUGAUGUUACUCAAGAUGAGUUUCUGUUGGCACAACAAGCGUUCAUUGAUAUUUUACAAGGUGACUACUUAAAGGUACUCAGCACUAUCUACAAUUUGAAUCCAGGCGUUGCCGCUUACGUUGCUAAAUUCAUGGAAUACCAUGAUAUGUUUGCCAAUUAUUACAAUACUACAGUGAACAUUGAUGCUUCCAACUCAUCAAUCAGUCGUCGCAAUUACUCCGAAUACUUUUUGACUCGCCAUGCUUAUGAUUGCCUUAAUCUUCAUCCAUUGGUUCCUGUGGGUAUUGGCAUUUUGAUGAAUCCCGAUAUGUGUCUGUCCACAGGUGCUUUCGAAACUAACCGUGACACUGUAGCCAAAUUCCUUCCCAAUUACGAAUGCCAAACCAACGAUGACAUGGAAUGGGCUGUGACUGUGUGUGCCAAGUUUGAGCUCGAUAAUACUAAGAGACGUUUAUAUUUCGAUCGAGGAAUGUCAUCUUUCCAUCAAGGCAUGCUUUAUGAAGCUCUUAACAACUUUUGUGGGUCCUUUGAUGUCCACGAACCAUCUCUGUAUGACCCUGACCAUGAUGGUUUGGCAAAGAUCCAUUAUAUUUGCUGGGAAGUAAUUUUUGCUUCUGCAGUAAUGCAAUCACGACCUGUGGAUGAUGAUCUUAUCAAUAAUGUUGUGUCGCGUCAGGUCACUUUCAAGGUGCAUCCAGUUAUCGCCCAAAACCUUUCACCAUACGCUGUCUUGUACGAAUUCUUUAAACUGCUCGAGCAGGCUCAUGCUAAUGACAUAGGAGAGCCCUUGGACGUAAGAUUGAGGCCUCUUAUUCAUUUGUUGCGGUUUAACUACUUGCCGAAAAAAUUCUACCCUUUAUUGUUGUGUCAGCUUUUACCAUUCGUGUUGGCGAGUAACACUAGAUUCAAGCUUUCAGAUUUGAUUAUUCUCAUUGAAUUGUUAAGCAACUAUGAACUUGCUGUAACCAAGGAUGAACGUGCUGAAGGCGUGGCAUUAUUCACCGAAGCCAUAUCUGAUAUUGACGAUGACCGAACAUCAUAUGAUUGGCGUGUGGUUUUGAAGGAGCGCAAUCGGCAAAUACCACAACUGGUACCUGAACUUAUUGCAUUAAUUCGUAAUGAGAUCACGAAAAAGGUCGGCGAAGUUUUCAUUGGGAAAUAUUAA